UCAUGACAGAAACUAAUAAAAAUAUUAUUGUCUGUACUCUAUAUUGUUAUAGUAAUUACUUCGAGCGUAAACAAAACAACCGGUUGCUCAGUCAGAGUAUGAAUCAUCCUCGCCGUUUGCGUUGACCCUGAACCGGACGAAUUUCUUGUUUUCGUGAUCCGUCUGCUGACGAACAAACAUUUCAAUUUAUUUUGGAUUUCCAAUCUGGCUAUGCACUGAACAUAAUAUAAUAUAUUAGAUACAGUACUGACGGUUUUCUACAUUACAUUUUUAAAGAUCUACGUUAAUUGUAAGGACGGAAUCUGGCAAAUCUAUAAGAAGUGCAAGUGUACAAGUACUGACCACCUAGAACUUGCAAUUUUGGCAUUUGGAUUUUAAAGUACUGUAUUGAAAGUUUGACUACAUUUAUGAUGGAGUCCGAAUUCAAUAAUCAGAAUGACUUAUUACAUCAACUAAAAAUGUUACGUGCUGAAAAAGAAUUAUUGGAAAAACAUGUUUUUGUCCUUAAUGAAUGUUUGUCCAUAGAUGAAUUAAGAGCCAAAAUAUCUGAUCUUGAAAAAAAGAAAGAAAUGAUUAGUUCAUUAGAAAAAUUGAUUGCAAAAUUACGUGCUGAAAUUGAACCGCUUAAAUAUUUAAAAUCUAUUUUGGAAAAUAAAUUAGAAUUUGAGGAUCAAAAGAAUAACUUUAGGUCACAAUCUUGUAUUGAUUUGAAACCAAAUGUUUUUAAAUUUGAUACAAACAUUUCUAAAACUUCAUUAUCUCAAAUGACUCAUAACAUUCCUACUGAGUCUAUCAAAAAAGAAUCAGUUUCAUCACAGAAGCUGUAUGAUGUACUGUCAGAUACAAAUAAAAUACUUUCUAAUACUGCUUCAGUUGUGACUAAUAACAGUAUUGAUGAAUGUAUGCAAUUUUUGGAACAGUAUGAUGUGGUAACUGAUCAAGAGAUACUUAACUUUUCAGAAGAGAAACACUCAAAAACUCAAAACAUUGACAAAGAAUCUACUUUGGCUAACUUGAAUAUUGAACCAAAGGCUUCUACAAGCACAAAUAUUGAAGCUGAAGGCAUAAAUAUAGAGUUAAACAAUUAUGACAGUUUAUCUGUAAAGGAAAAUGUUGAAUCAUGUGUGAAAAAUGUAGUUACAAACUCUGACAACAAUAGUACUCAACUUCAUGAGGCUAGUUCAUCAAAUUUCAUAAAAAAUUCACAGAGUGUAUACUCUGAUCCUAAACAGACUAUUAAUGAUUUGUUAUUGAAAAUACCACAAUUAUUAUUACAACAAGGGCUCUCCUCUGUUACAGUAGAAGAUAAAUUGAAUGAGUCUUUAAAAUAUGUAAAUGAAUCAUUGAAGGGAAAUACUGAAAAUAAUAAAAUCUCAGAUAAAGUAGAUUAUUUCAAUGUAUUAAAAAAAGAAGUGGGUUCAAUUUUAGCUGGCUAUGAACAAUUAUUGUUAAAUAAUGCACCUGAGAUCAUUGAAACAAACAAAAAUGAAUCUAUAAAACCAAGUACAUCAACUCAAUCUGGUUGUGAGAAAUUGUUGAAUAGUGAAAAUAGGUUUAAUGAUGAAGAGAUAACAAACAAAAAUGAACCCAUAGAAUCAACAGAGUUUAGUCAACAUAGCGAAUCAAAGUCACUAUUUACUAAUAGUUUUUCAGAAAAAAAUAUCAAUAGCUUUAAUGAGAUGAAUUUAAAAAUUGAUAUUCUACGUGGUAUUUACUCACUUGGUUUUGUGAAUCCUACUGGUUUACAAAAACGUGUUAUUGUACACUGUUUGAAUGGGCGUGACAUUAUUGUUUUAUCUGGACCGGGAAAUGGCAGAACAAUGAUGUUUACUAUACCAAUAUUACAACGAAUUAAUACCAAUUUAAAUGAAUGUCAAGUUUUAAUAAUAGUACCAACUCGGGACCUUGCUGUACACAUUCAAAAAAUCAUAUUGAGUGUUGGGGAUUUUAUGGGUGUUAAUGUAUGUAUUGGUGGUGAUAAUGUUCCAAGGAAACUAACUGUUAUCCCGCAUGUAAUAGUUGGUACACCAGCUGGAAUAUUUAAUAUGAUUGCAUGCAAAUCACUACGUACUGGAUGUAUACACACCGUUGUUAUGAAUCAAGUUGAAAAGAUGUUGUCCAAUAGCUCCAUAAAGCUAAUUGAAAAAAUUGUGGAGAAUCUACCAAUUAAUAAACAAAUUACUUUGUUGACAUCAGACAGACUUGACCAUGUAUUAGACACAUUCAUGGACACCUUGCGGGACCCAUUGGUUAUUAUUAAUGAAGAAAAAGAAAAAGAUACAAAGAUUCUUAAAAAUCUUCCCAAACAAUUUUAUUUGAACAUUCAAGAGAAUUGGAAAAUGAAUGCUCUUUGUGAAAUUGUUGAAAGUUUAAAGUUACAGAAAACAAUUAUUUUUUGUAACUCUGUAGAUAGAGCGGAGAAGCUAUGUGAAUCAUUACAAAAAUUAGAUUAUGCCGUAUCACUUUUUCAUUUGGAAAUCAGUGCAACUGAACGUGAAAAAAAACUUAAUAUGUUUAAUUCAAACAUGCUACAUAUGCUAAUUACAACAGACCCAAUUAAAGGAAAUCAAUUUCAGAAUGCAGCUUGGAUAAUAAAUUAUGAUUUACCCAUAAAUUCAAUUUGUUAUUUAGAUAGAGUUGCUAAAUCUGCAGAGAAUUUAAAGGUUAUUAAUCUUAUUAAUGAAUUUGAUGACCUUAAUAAAUUGGCAAUCGAAACAUACAACAAAUCCUAUUUCAUUCAGAUGCCUUUGAACAUGAUAGAUUUGUUACAAUAUUAAACUUGUAUGAAAAUAUUAAUUUAUAAUGUCAAGUUAAACAGUUAAAAUAAUCAGU